AAAGAUUGCGUUUAGUGAGGACCGAGCUGAAGCCACGCCCUCACGAGCCGCAUCGUGUCCGAGGUGUCCUUGGAAACACCAAGUGCUUCACGCGCGCUGCAGCCGGUCGGGGCUUCAACUAAAUGCACAGAGCCGAUGAAAGAGUGAUGGAGGCUGAGGUUCGAGAUCACCAUGAAUGACAAAUACCACAAGGCAGCCCGGGAUGGCUACCUUGACUUGUUGAAGGAAGCGACGCGGAAGGACCUGAACGCUCCGGAUGAAGAUGGCAUGACACCGACCCUAUGGGCCGCUUACCACGGCAACCUGGAGGCGCUGCGGCUGAUUGUAGGGAGAGGGGGGAACCCAGAUAAGUGUGACAUAUGGGGGAACACCCCGCUCCACUUGGCUGCCUCCAAUGGCCAUCUCAACUGCCUGUCCUUCCUGGUGUCAUUCGGUGCCAAUGUGUGGUGCCUGGACAAUGACUACCACACGCCGCUGGACAUGGCUGCUACCAAGAACCACAUGAAUUGUGUGCGUUAUCUGGACUCCAUCGCUGCCAAGCAGACAACCCUCAACCCAAAGCUAGUAAGCAAACUGAAGGACCGGGCUUUCCGUGAAGCUGAACGCCGCAUCAAGGAAUGCAUUAAAAUGCAGCAGAAGCACAGACGCCGCAUGGAACGUAAAUUUCAGAGAGAGACAACAGAAGCAUCGGUCUCUGAUGCCAUGAGCUUCUCCAGCUACGCCAGCAGUACAUUGAGUCACAAGCUACACCACUUCAACACUGCCACUAGUGUGCCAUACUCCCAGGCUACUCUCCAUGCCACAACCAGGGGCAAAACUAAGAUCCAGAAGAAGCUUGAGAAGAAAAAGCAAGGUGAUGGGACAUUUAAGAUUUACGAAGAUGGCAGGAAGAGUGUCCGCUCUUUAUCUGGCCUUCAACUAGGCAACGACGUCAUGUUUCUGAAGCAGGGAACAUACGUCAACCCUAAGGACCGAUCUCGUCGUAACAUACGUGACAUGUUCCCUGGUGACAACGAGGAUGCCAUCUCCCGUGCCAUCAGCGAACCCGACUUGCAUGGUCAUGAUGUGGACUACUCGGAGAUCAGCACCGACUCGGGCCAUGACUCGCUCUUCAACCGUCCCGGCCUUGGCACCAUGGUUUUCCGCCACAACUACGUGAGCAGUGGACUUUUUGCCAUCGGGAGCAGAGAUGAAGGGAGUCUAGCAGGCAGCAAACAGGUCGAUAAUGUACGCCUCCGCAGCCGGAUGCAUCGCAUGCCAAGUCUGGAUGACGAUAGCAUCGGAAGCGCCCAUAGCCUGCAGGAGAGGAACAUGCAGGAGCUGCCAUGGGAAGAGGUAGAGUUGGGGCUGGAUGACGAUGAUGAGCCUGACAAUAGCCCUCUGGAAGUGUUCCUAGCCACACAGAGCAUGAACGAGUUCAUUCCUAUCUUCAAAAGAGAAAAGAUUGACCUGGAUGCCCUUUUGCUGUGCUCAGAUGAUGACCUCAAGAGCAUUCACAUCCCCUUGGGUCCUCGCAAGAAGAUCAUAGACUGCUGUCAGCGCCGAUUGGAGACCAUUGAGGACCCAGGCUGCAUAGAAGACACUGAGUUGUGAAGUUCUGCCCUUACUCCAAUUUUUAAACUGGUUAGGCAUGUUUUGAAGCAUGGCAGCUGGUUAUGAGAUGUUCCUGUGCAGGAGCUAGGUCCUUAGGACCAGCAUAUGACCAGCUUAAACUAGCUGUUAUGCUUCAAAACUUACCUAACAAACAUAUGCUGUUCUUUUAACAGUGAAGUCUGUUUUUUUCACCUCAGUGAAUGUUUAAACAAAGCAAGAGUUUACAGA